AUGGAGCAAAAGGAGCCAAAACACCAAGUUCCCAAGUCUAGAGCACCAAAUCUAUAUUUCUCGCUAAAGACCAAACCGGAGCAUCCGAAGUACGGCCGCAUAUUCAUGCCUUCCCGACGUCCAAAAGUCAUGAUGCUUAUAUGGAAAGAUAGAUACUUGAGUCAUGCAUCACGGCGAAGUGGAAAGAGGUCAUUUGGAUCAUUCAUUGGACCGGAACUUAUUUUCUCGGCAAGCGCCCAAGUAGAGCCCGUGGAGACUUUGACGUAUCUAAAGGCCCGAGCCACCGCGCCAAAGGCCUUAGCUCGUCUUAACAUUGAUCUAACUCGAUCAAGGAGGUUCCAUUGGCCCGAACUCGGCCCAUUCAAGAACUUGGAGAGCAAGCUCAAGCGGCUGAAGAGAAAUGGAAACUUUCCUCUUCUUGGCGCGCCUCAACUUUGCCGACCUAGACCCGCUCUCUACCUAUAUAUACUUGCUUUUAGCCUCUUGUAA